UCUUCUGAGGUGAGAAGCGGUGUGUAUCCCUCGGUGUGUGUGUGCUUCUCAGUCUCUGACUGAUGAAUGAAUGAACGCUGGAGUGUUUUCAUCUCCUGAAGAUCACACAGAGAUCAUGAAUGAAGCAGAAGCAGAGUCCUGCAGGAUCAAGCAGGAGGUCAUCGAAGAAAAGAUAGACCUGAUGGAAGAGAUUAAGGAGAUAAAUGAAGUGAUUGAAGAAGGGAAGAAACAUCAUGACAUCGAAACUGAUGAAACAUCCUUGAGUCCCUCGUGGGAAACAAGACCCGAAAUAUGUUUCAUUUGCCCUCAGUGUGGAGAGAUUUUCACAUCCAAAGAAAGUCUUAAUCUUCACAUAAAAUUUGAAAGUGGAAUGAAGCCACACGCAUGUGAUCUCUGCGAGAAAACUUUCAAUAAAAAAGCAAACCUUGCCAGUCACAAGAAAAUCCACACUGACGAGAAGCCACACUCAUGUGAUCAGUGUGGGAAUAAGUUCAGAAAUAAAGGAAACCUGAAUAUUCACAUGAAAAUCCACACCGGAGAGAUGCCGUACACGUGUGAUCAGUGCGGAAGGAAAUUCAGACAUAAAGGAAACCUCAAUACACACAUGAGAAUCCACACUGGAGAGAGUGAAACCACUGAAGAAAAACCGCACACAUGCAGUCAGUGUGGAAAGAGAUUCAGACAAAAACACCGCCUCAAUCAACACAUGAAAAUCCACACUGACGAGAAGCCACACUCAUGUCAUCACUGUGGGAAGAAGUUCAGAAAUACAGGAAACCUGAAUAUUCACAUGAAAAUCCACACCGGAGAGAUGCCAUUCAUGUGUGAUCAGUGCGGGAGGAAGUUCAUACAUAAAGGAAACCUCAAUGCACACAUGAGAAUCCACGCUGGAGAGAGUGAAGAUAAACCGCACACAUGCAGUCAGUGUGGAAAGAGAUUCAGACAAAAACACCUCCUCGAUCAACACAGGAGAAACCACACUGAAGAGAACCCACACACAUGUGAUCUCUGUGGGAAGAAAUUCAGAAAUACAGGAAACCUGAAUGAUCACAUGAAAAUCCACACUGGAGAGAAGCCACACACAUGUGUUCACUGUGGGAAGAAGUUCAGAAAUACAGGAAACCUGAAUAUUCACAUGAAAAUCCACACCGGAGAGAUGCCAUUCAUGUGUGAUCAGUGCGGGAGGAAGUUCAGACAUAAAGGAAACCUCAAUACACACAUGAGAAUCCACGCUGGAGAGAGUGAAACCACUGAAGAAAAACCGCACACAUGCAGUCAGUGUGGAAAGAGAUUCAGACAAAAACACCGCCUCGAUCAACACAUGAGAAUCCACACCGGAGAGAAACCGCACUCGUGUGAUCACUGCGGGCAGAGUUUCACACGAAAACAGCGACUUAAUGAUCAUAUAAAGAUCCACACAGGACAAAACCUGCACACCUGUGCACAGUGCGGGAAGAGUUACAGAAACUUAAGUGUUUUCAAAGUACAUCUGCUCCAUCAUUCUAGAGACAGGAUCUAUAACUGUGACCAGUGCAGUAAAAGGUUUUUUAGGCCAGAUAACCUGAGGCACCACAUGAAAACCCAUUCAGAGGAGAGGCCUUACGUGUGUUAUUUGUGUGCAAAGAGCUUUAGACAUCUGAAUUGUUUAAAAAUACACCUGAAAAGACACAGCGGUGUGAAGGACCAUACUUGCUCUGAGUGCGGAAAGAGUUUUUUUAGCCUUUAUGUACUGAAACGGCACCAGACUGUUCACACCAGAGAAAAACCUUACAAGUGUUCACCUGAAAAGACAUGA